AUGCGACCAUUGCCCUGCCGCAUCACCACGCAGCUGAGCCCUCGGAACCCGGCUGCUCUUCUCAAGCCUACUGCUGCUUUUCUCACCUCGCGCUCGCACUCGCCCAUCCGCAACUUCGGCUCCCAUCAUUACAACCGCCCCAAAAUGGCCUCCACAGAUGAUGACCAAGCCGCGGCCGACUACGCCGCCGCGCUCGCCCGCCUCGCGCAGUUGCAGUCCAACCGCGCCGUCACGAGCCUCUUCGACAAGGCGCCAGCCCCGCCCGCCGGAACUGGAACUGGAUCUGGAACUGGAACUGGGACCGGCUCGGACACAGACAAACCGGCGGCACCGGCGGCGGCGGACCUCAACGCGCUCGCCAUCCCCGAAAUGCUCGCCUGGCUGCGCCGCGCAGGCUACAGCGGCUCGUCGCUCGCCGACGCGGGCGUGCGGUGCGUGCACGUCGCGGGGACCAAGGGCAAGGGCAGCGUCAGCGCGCUGAUCGCGGCCAUCCUGGCGCAGUACGGAACGGCCAGGACCGGGGCUGGGACCGGGGCCGGGGCCGGCACUGAGGCCGGGGAUGUCCAAGCACGAGGUGUUUCUGUCGGCCCCGUCGGCCUGUACACCUCCCCCCACGUGCUCUCGCCGCGCGAGCGCAUCGUCCUCGACGGCGAGCCGCUCGCGCCCGCCCGGUUCGCGCGGUAUGUGGAGGAGCUGUGGGCGCGGUUCACGCGCGCCGCGCGGGACGAGGCGGCGGCGGCGGCAGCGCGGCGGGGCGGUCCCCUUGGGGCCGGUAGUAGCAACGGUGAUGAUGCUGGUGGUGGUGGUGGUGAGGCUGCCGGCGGCCUGGGCAGCCUGAGCGAGGCGGAGCUCGCGGAGCUGGACGGCCCGGCGACGAAGCCGUUCUACUUCCGGUUCCUGACGAUCCUGGCGCUGCACGUGUUCCUGGCGGAGGGGGCGCGCAGCGCGGUGGUCGAGUGCGGCAUCGGCGGCGAGUACGACGCGACCAGCGCGCUGCUGCUGCCGCCUUCCGACGGCGGCGACGGGGCGGUCUCCGCCGCCGUCGUCACGCAGCUCGGCCUCGACCACGUCGGCAUGCUGGGCGACACGGUCGAGAAGAUCGCGUGGCACAAGAGCGGCGUGUUCAAGCCCGGCGUCAAGGCGUUCACGCGGCGGCUGCCGGCGGCGCAGGCCGGCGUGAUGGAGGUGCUGCGCGCGCGGGCGAGGGAGAAGGGCGCCACGCUGGUGGAGGUGCGCGACGAGGACGUCGAGGCGUGGGGCGGCGUCGAGGGCGCCCGGCUGCAGGGGCCGUUCCAGAAGCACAACAUGGCGCUGGCGGUGCAUGCCGCGAGAGAGCACCUGCUGAGGAUCGGGGUCCGGUUCGAGGGCAGGUUUGGGACGGACGAGUGGUCGCUGAGCGACAUCCCGCCCGAGUUCGUGCGGGGGCUGAAAGAGGCUUCUCUGCGCGGGCGUUGCGAGGUCUUCGAGGACGCCGACGGCGUCAUGUGGCAUCUGGACGGGGCACACACGGACGACAGCCUGGCCGGCGUCGGGCGGUGGUUUGCAGGCCGGACGAGGGGCGACAGCGUGCGCGUGCUGCUGUUCAACCAGCAGGAGAGGGACCCGGGCCCCUUGCUUGGGGCGCUGUUUGCUGGCGCUCAGGCUCAGCAGGACACGGACGGCCAACCCGUGUUUACGCACGCCAUAUUUACGCGGAACGAAGAGCAGAAACCGGCCGACGGCGAGGAACGCGACCUGUCUGCCCAGACCAAAGCCGCAGCGGCUGUGCGGGAUUUGGGCACGACUACGCAAGUGACGGUGCGGGAUGCCGUCCAGACUGCAGUCAACGAGGUCAGAGCCAUCGCAGCGCAGGCGAGGAAGGAUGGGAAGUCCUGCCAGGUCCUCGUCACAGGGAGCUUCCACCUCGUGGGCCCAGUGCUGAAGACGAUCAGCAAUGUUGAGUGCUAG